UAAUAUAGGUAGUUUUAUUUAUUUUACUCGUUAUUCGUCGUUAUUUUAUUUUCUUGGGAUUAUGAGAAGACCUAACAGAUUUUGCGAAAUUUGUGGUGUUCGUAAAACAAAUAAUUAUGUAUUUUUAGCUAGAUUUCCUACAGAUCAAAACCGAUGUCGCGCAUGGAUAAAGGCUGUAGGCGAUGAAAGUUUGGUUAAUUACCCUAUAAAGUAUCUCCAUGAAAUGAAAUUUGUAUGUGGCCAACAUUUUUCAUCAAAACAAUUUACCAAAAAAGGAUUUAGAAAAAGAUAACAAGCAAAUAUACAGACACACUUUUACAAUAUUAUUUUUACUGUUGUAUUUGGCGAUCGUGUUACCAAGUGAAAUUGUUAGUAAAAAUGUCAGUAAAAAACAAUACUAAGGAACUUAGACGGAAAUGUUUCAAAUGUGGCUGUUCACCAUUUGACGAUGCAAACAUUAAAUUGUAUCGUUUCCCGAAGCCCGGAACAACCAACUCACUUCGUUGUGUAUCAUGGGCAAAAUACUGUUUUCCUAACAGGGACUGCCACCUAUCAAAAUUGCAUUCUAAACUGUAUACAGAACACAGAAUGCUUUGUAACAAACAUUUUAAAGAUACCUCUUUCAUUGACUACCCGACCUCAAUGAAGAUUCUCAGACGAUUUGCUGUUCCGGAGGAUGAUAACGAUGGAGUAGAUCUGGAUGAAUGUUCUAAUCAAGGACAGUCUUCAGGAAGUAGACCCUUUCAUACGGAACACAAUUAUUUCAAUCCACUGAAAGGCGUUUCAGAUGUACAGAGUAUUACACUAACAGUUAACGCCGAUACAGAUAGCAUUGUACACAAAGAAAAAUAUAAUGAAGUGAUCCAACAUCAUAAAGGGAAGUUAAGUCUGGAGUUCUUUGACGAAUGGACAAAAACCACAGACCAACAGUUUCAAGGUAGAACUCUCUCAGAAAGCGAGGAGCGAAGCCGUGUGGUCUUUACUGCAAAUGCAGAUACACAGACAGAGGAAAUACAGCGCGAGCCGGCGUUAUUCUCAUGGCAGGCGGAUAGUUCGAUCGUAUGCGAUGAAGAUGUAGUAGAAUCAUGCACAGAUGCAUGGCAAGAAGAAGAUCUAUCGAUGUAUAAUGAUGAUAAACCAAACACAGAUAAUAAAAGUGAAGAUGUAUACAGAAAUCAGCCUCAGAUACACGAAGGCUACAAGUGCAAUGAUUGUAAUAGUGGCAUAUCAGGUUUCAGGUACACGUGCGUGCAGUGCGAGGACUACGACUUGUGCGAAGCGUGCGAGGCGAGCCGCGGCCACUCACACCACUACAUGCUGCGGGUGCCGGGGCCCAGGCCGCAGGGAGAAGUAAAAUUAAUAUUGGAUACAAUUAGGAAGAUAUUAAAUGAGUCAAUGGUAGAUAUUAACAAUGAGUUAUUAAAUAGCAUAAAGGACGAAGCAGAUGAGACAGUCAAUGAACAGGAUCCUUUGGAAGGUCUUACCACACAUCCUGUCUCACCAGACUGUACCCAAUCUUCACAUGUUGGAACAUUGAACAUGGAUAUAGACUUAACUGAUGAUGCGGCAGCCGCUCAUUCUAAGGAAGCCCCUAAUAAAGAUCACAACAUAAGGAAUCCGGAGGCGUUUGAAGAUAAGAAUAUUAGUGCUCCAAAUAAUAUUGAUGAUAGUGACAGUGAAAAUAUGGAAGAAAUGUGGUUAGACGAAGACUUCGAUACGUAUGAUAUUGAAAACGACAUGACCCAACCGAAAACAACUGAAUACGUAUCUGAAACUGAUAAUAAUAAUUCUGCCAAUAGUUUUAUGCCAUUACAAAAUACAAGUUUAAAAUCCAAAGCGAAUACUGAACGGGGAGUUAUAAAGAUCAAGUGCGUCAAAUCGAAGACUGUGCAAGAUGCAAAGAAAUGUUUUGUGGUUGUUAAAGACGUUUUUAAAAAUAUGAAGCCUAGUCAGGUUUCUAAAUUAAAAAUUAAAGAUAUCGAAUGCAAAAUAAGCAGUCAAGAUAUUGAAAAACAAAUACCAUUCGUUUCUUAUAAAAAUCGUAAACUACCUUUAAGUGUUGCCAUUAAUACGAACAGCACUCAUGUUGUAAACAAUAAUAUUACAUUUAUGAGUGCAAAUGCAAGUGGAGUAGGUAUAAAAAAUGUUACUCCACAUGCAAAUAGAAGUCAAACUAUACAAAACAUUACACCAUUUAGUACGAAUAGCAGCCAUAAUGUUUCAAAAAAGGUUAUUUCCAUUAGUAAUACUCAUAGAGUUGCAAUAUUAAAAAAAAAUAUUAAACUAGCUCCUACCCAUAGACAUAGAUCAAACAACACGAGUGAUAGUACGAGAUAG